AUGUGGUAUCUGUAUGCAUUCUUUCUUGGCUUCUUUCCAACUACAGCUCCACUAGUCUUGGAAAGUGGUGUUGGAAGACUCCCGGCCUUGGGUUGGAAUUCCUGGAACGCGUAUCAUUGCGACAUCUCUGAAUCGCAAUUUCUUACUGCAGCACAAAAAUUCAUUGACUUGGGAUUGAAGGACGCUGGAUACGAGUAUGUCAACAUCGACGACUGUUGGCAAGUCAAAGACCGCCGAGACAACAAGACCAAUCGUCUGAUCCCGGACCCUGAUCGCUUUCCAGACGGUAUUCACAGCACGGCUAAGAAGAUCCAUGACCUCGGUCUCAAGAUCGGCAUCUAUAGCAGCGCAGGUACCCUGACUUGCGCCGGCUAUCAAGCGUCUAUUGGCUAUGAAUCGAUAGAUGCUGCCCAGUGGGCCGAAUGGGAGAUUGAUUAUCUUAAGUAUGAUAAUUGCAAUGUCCCGCAUAAUUGGACGGAUCCUUGCCGUGGAUGUGUUCCGGAAAGGAGGGGCGAUUUGGUGAACGGAACUUGUACAAGUGCAUCCGGCAUGUGUCCUUCGGGCUUCGACUACUCCAACUCUCUUACUGCCGAGCGUUUCCGUAUAAUGCGCGACGCACUGCUAGCCCAAAACCGUACAAUUCUCUACUCCCUCUGUGAAUGGGGCGAAGCUGGGGUCCAACAAUGGGGAAACAGCACCGGCUCUUCCUGGCGCAUGUCCGGCGACAUCGAACCGACCUGGCAACGUGUGCUCGAUAUUCUGAACCAGAACUCGUUUUAUUUAAAUAAUGUAGACUUCUGGGGCCACUCUGACGCGGACAUGUUAGAGGUCGGGAACGGGUUGAGUAUUCAGGAGAGUAGGAGCCAUUUUGCGUUGUGGGCCGCGAUGAAGAGUCCGCUUUUGAUUGGGACGGACCUGGCGAGGAUUGCAAGCGACCAGCUCGAGGUGUUAAAAAACAAGUAUUUGUUGGGCUUUAAUCAAGACCCGGUAUAUGGAGCCCCAGCCAAGCCGUACAAAUGGGGUACAAACCCCGACUGGACGUUCAACGCUUCAUAUCCUGCAGAAUACUGGUCUGGAGCUUCAACAGCUGGGACUUUGGUUCUCAUGUUCAAUCCUUACUCUGAUGCGAAGAACAAGACGGCAGAUUUUAAGGAGAUUCCAGAGUUAAAGAAGGGAGGCAGCUAUCAAGUUAAGGAUAUUUGGUCGGGAAGAGACUUGGGGUGUAUAACGGGGAAGAUCAACGUUGAAGUGGAAGGGCAUGACACAGUGGGGCUUUUGAUGACUAGAGAGUGUUCGGGAAGACUAGGGAGGUUGGGUGCUAGAGGCUUGGGGUUCUUUGGGAAUUGGUGA